AUGCAAGUUGCCCCCGAGCUCUACCCAAUUCCCCCUACCAAACACUCUCCCAACUCCCCCUUUCCCGUUAUCGUGUAUCGCGGCGCCCUUCUUGAUCGUACUCCAACCGGUGCCUCGGAAGCCAUAGAGCUAUCUGAAUGGGCCCACGGUGGUCAUUGGAAAAUUGGUCGCGAGAAGGUCGCCACCACACCUCAUUAUCACGGCACGACCCACGAAGCCUACACCGUUCUCCAGGGAAGUGGGACCUAUCUUCUCGGUCGAUCACCGUUGGACCCCGAGACAGAUGAGAAGGGGAACCCUGUGGGCGUGAAGUUUGUCGCGAAAGCAGGUGAUGUCUUUGUCUUUCCAGCUGGAGUCACGCACUACGUGACUGAGACGGAGGACGAGUAUGAAAUUCUCGGGUUCUAUUCCUUGAACAAGCGAAACUCCAGGGAGAGCCCGUAUGAUAUGGAGUAUGCCUUAGACUCGGUUGAGAAGACCGAUGAAAAGCGGCAGAUGUGCAGGCAAGUGCCUGUUCCGGCCCACGAUCCGAUCUACGGUACGGAAGGGAUUCCGAGGAUCUGGCGAGAGGAGUGA